GCGUGUGCAUAUAUAUUGAACUAUCUCCAGCUAGUUCCUCUUGUAACUCUCCUCAGUGAACAAUUCCAUACACUUUGCAUAUCCAUUAUUCAAACAAUGGAGAGAGUUACUUGGUUCUUUCUUGAAUACUUAAUAUGUUAUACGGUGGCUAGCUACUUAACUAUGGCGGCACAAACCAAGCUUAACAUCACCACAGACCGGUCUGCUCUUCUUGCCCUCAAAGCCCGUAUUACCAGUGACCCUCAAAACAUGAUCUUCACCAACUGGUCAACCUCUACUCCUAUUUGCAACUGGGUUGGGGUCACUUGUGGUGCACGCCAUCAUCGAGUUGCAGACUUGAACCUCUCUUACUUUGGUCUCACAGGCACCAUUCCUCCGGAAUUAGGAAACUUACCAUUUCUUGUUAAUAUGGACUUCAGCAAUAACAGUUUCCAUGGUAUAUUGCCUCAGGAAUUGGAUCGCUUGUGUCGGUUGAAGUUUAUCAGCUUGGGAAACAACAAGUUCACGGGAGUCAUUCCAUCAUGGUUUGGGUCCUUAUUCAAACUUCAAGUAUUCAAUUUGUUUGGUAAUCAAUUUUCAGGUUCCGUACCAGCUACAAUCUUCAACUUACCUGCUCUGCAAAAAAUAGAUUUGAGUGAUAACCAACUCUCAGGUAGAAUUCCCAGAGAAAUCGGAAACCUAACAAUGUUGAAGAAGAUCUACCUUGAUAGUAAUAAUUUUGAAGUGAGGGAAGGAUUUAAUGAUGCUAACCAAAAUUUUAUUCAAAGAAAUUCUCUCCAAUUCCGAUCAAUAACUGCAUUUAUAUGAUGGUUUGAGACGAGGGAGGAAGAUAAAGAUAAAUUGGAUUUUAAAUGAUUUGACGUUGUAUCCGUAGGAUCAAUUCAUUUAAAAUCGAACGGCUGUCAGCUUUUUGUCUCGUUUUGUCUCUUAAUUCAUGUCCCGCAGGUAGAAUAUCCAGAGAAAUUGGGAAUCUAACAAUGUUGAAGGAGAUCGGCCUUAGUAGUAAUAAUUUUGAAGGUACAAAUCCAUCCUCCAUACUCGAAGGUCCUAUACCAUAUGAGAUUGGUUAUCUUCCAAAUUUAGAGAAAUUGGGGCUCGGUCAAAAUAAUCUAAAUGGCCAUAUCCCAUCCUCAAUCUUCAAUAUCUCCACAAUAGCACUAUUAGAUCUCGGCUUCAAUCAGCUCUCAGGCAGCCUCCCAGCUGACAUAGGCCUUGGGCUUCCAAAUCUAGAAGAGUUUUAUGCAGCAUGGAAUCACCUCAGUGGAGUAAUCCCCAAAUCCAUCUCCAAUGCUUAUGAACUUCAGAUUCUAGACUUGGGAGGAGGUAACUCUUUUUCUGGAUUUAUUCCAACCACUCUGUGCCUCUUGACAAACCUUGAAUGGCUCUCAUUGUUCGAGAAUAAUUUGACCAUUGAUACCUCUACUCCAGUAGUUAAUAUUUUGUCUUGUCUGCCAAAUCUUAGAAAUUUGAGGGAUUUAGACUUCCGAAGCAAUCCAUUCAAUGCCGAGCUUUCGAUUCCCUUCGGUAAUUUCUCUGCACCACUUCAAUAUCUUUAUUUAAGAAAUUGCAGAUUCAGAGGUAACAUCCCCAGUGAUAUUGGGAAUUUGAGUAGCUUGAUACUUUUAAGCCUGGGAGACAAUCAAUUGAGCAGGCCAAUUCCAAGCUCAAUGGGAAGACUACAUAAUCUUCAAGGUUGGGAUAUGAGUGAUAACACAUUGCAAGGACACAUUCCAGAUGAGCUUUGUCAACUAGAAAACUUAUUUCAUUUGAAGUUGGGUGGGAAUCAACUCUCUGGUUCUGUACCUUCCUGCUUGGGUAAUCUAACAGCAUCUCUAAGAAAACUAUUCUUAAAGUCCAAUUUGUUGAAUUCCACAAUCCCAUCUACUUGUGGGGACUUACAGAUAUCUUGCAACUAGACUUGUCAUCCAAUUCUCUAAUUGGACCUCUAUC